CUUUCCUCUCAAGACCUGUCUGGAUGAAGUACUUAAAACAUGCAAUCAUUUUAACUCAAACAUUUCACUCUCCUUUUCAGAUACAAUGGAUCUUUCAGAUGCUCUGGGUGGUGAACCGGGCUGGCCAGGCCAGAACAACCAGCAGGGUAGUGGGGGCGUGUGGCCUGGUGGGCAACCCAACCAGCCAACAUGGCCAGGACAGCCUGGUGGUCAACCAGGCCAGCCCGCCCCCAUGUGGCCUGGACAACAACCAAACCCUUCCCAACCCUCAUGGCCCGGACAACCAGGAGGAGGGCAGCCCGGCUGGCCCGGACAACCAGGUGGGGGGCAGCCUGGCCAGCCAACCUGGCCCGGACAACCAGGUGGGGGACAGCCCAGUCAGCCGACAUGGCCAGGGCAGCCAGGACAGAUUAGCCAACCUACUGCACCCGGAUGGCCAAGCCCCGGUCCAGGCCCUGCCCAACCAACUGCUCCACAAAAUAGUUCACUGAAAGUGCCAUAUGACCUGAAUCUGCCAAAUGGAUGCUACGACAAGAUGCUCAUCACAAUUCGUGGGACAGUUAACCAAAAUGCCAAAAUGUUCACCAUCAAUCUAACCAAAGGGAAUGACAUUGCCAUGCACUUCAACCCACGCUUUAAUGACCAGGGAAAGAAAACCAUUGUGCGGAACAGUCAGAUAGGCAAUACAUGGGGCAAAGAGGAGAGAGAGCACAAUCACUUCCCCUUCACUCAGGGCCAGCCCUUCGAGAUGAAGAUCAUGUGCACUAACAGUGAGUUCAAGGUGGCAGUGAACAGCUCACACAUCCUGGAGUUCAAACACCGCAUCCGUGACAUCCAAUCCAUCAAACACCUGGUCAUCUAUAAUGAUGUCACCCUCACGUCUGUGGAGAUUGACAAACUAUAAGAUCUAGCAGGGUUGGUUUCAGCCAUUUAAUAGAAUGACCAGAUUAGCCAAAGUCCCCCAGGUUCUAUUUUUAUGGUUCCAGUGACCUUCCAUCAUUGGCUUUCAACAGAAACAUACAGUAGCUUGAGUCUAAAGCUUUAACCCAGUAGUACUACCAUCAUAUUCUGUACUUCUACUAAGAUGGUAUAUUCUCUGUGUGGAAAAAUAUAUUUUCUUAGUCUUUUAAUAAGAGAAAAAAGUCAACAACUUUUAACUUACAAAUUAAUUGGUUUUAAGUCUGAAUAGGUACAUACAUUUGAAUGAAAACCACCUAUAUCCAAUGUUAGACUCAAACAUAUUUUUUCAUUGACUGAUAUCUCUUCCUCCAGAUACAGGGUGAUGUACAGUAUGUGUUUUGAGUGAUUGUUAUUGUUGUAUAACCUUUCCCACUAGGUGGCACAGUUGAGACUAUGUUGAAUGUUUUAGAUCCACAACAAGCCUAGUAUUUGCUGUGGCAAAAUAAACAUUACCUUGGCUACCUAUACCA